GGCGGGCCAGGCCCGGCGCCGCGCGGCCAGGCGCAGGCGCCGCCGCCGCUGCUGCUGGCCCGCUCGCCCGCCCGGGACGGCGGCUCCAUGCGCUGCCAGGUGGCGGUGCUGUAUUUUGCCAGGAGCGCUGAGCUGGCAGGGCUCCGCUCUGAGACCAUUUCUGUACCGCGGCAGAUAACCUCGCUGCAGCUCUGGGAAGAAAUUGUUAAGAUUCAUCCAAGGCUUGCUGUCAUCCGGGAUCAAGUGGUUUUUGCUGUUCAGCAGGAGUACGUGCUUCUUGGAGAUCAGCUCCUGGUCCUGCACCCAGGAGACGAGAUUGCCAUCAUCCCACCAAUUAGUGGAGGCUGA